UCAAGCCGCAUUUCCAGCACAAGCAGGACAGAGAGAAGGAGAGUUGAGCAAUGGCAAGAACCAAGCAGACCGCUCGUAAAUCCACCGGUGGUAAAGCCCCGAGGAAGCAGCUCGCUACUAAAGCAGCGCGGAAGAGCGCGCCAGCCACCGGCGGCGUCAAGAAGCCCCAUCGCUACAGGCCCGGGACCGUGGCUCUCCGAGAGAUCCGCCGUUAUCAGAAGUCCACCGAGCUGCUGAUCCGCAAACUGCCUUUCCAGCGGCUGGUGCGAGAAAUCGCUCAGGACUUCAAGACGGAUCUGCGCUUCCAGAGCUCCGCUGUCAUGGCCCUGCAGGAGGCCAGCGAGGCUUAUUUGGUGGGUCUGUUCGAGGACACCAACCUGUGCGCCAUCCACGCCAAGAGAGUCACCAUCAUGCCCAAAGACAUCCAGCUGGCCCGCCGCAUCCGCGGAGAGCGCGCUUAACCCGCAUCAGUG